AUGACUGAUAUCGCUAUUCAAGACUUGCAGGAUUUGCUAGUUUAUUUUUCAAAAAAUACGUACAAAGCCAAAGAUGCUGAUUGCACGGGCCAAACAAUCAUGCAGCAAUGCCUUCUGUUAGUGGAUUUAGAUUACACACAUUCAGUAAUUAAUAAUGUCGCUGGUGAUCUUAGUGCACAUUAUCCAAGUCAUUUAAUUAUUUUUGAAAAUGAAAAGCGAAGAAAUCCAUAUAUAUGUGAUACACCGCCACAACUGCCACGUACAACGGAAACUAUUUAUGAAAAUACAUAUGAUUCUAAUAAAUUGAAAGAUUUAAUUAAAAAUGCUAGAUUCGCAAGAUGUCGUUCAAGAUUUCCACUGCCUGUAAUAUUUUAUAAGGGUAGAUUUAUAUGUAGAUCAGCUACAUUAUCAGGAGGUCCCGAAAUUUAUGGGAGAUCUGGAUUAAAUUAUUUAUUUGCUGGAAAUGAAUCUGCUAAUGCUUUUCAUCAGCGACUAGAUGAGGCUGGAUGCAGUGAUUCUGCACUAAGUGAUUGGCAAUUAUUUGAUAAAGUUAGGAAUCAAGAUAUUAAACUUCUCAAAGCCCUUAAUGUUGGUAAUAUAAUUGAUUUUAUGGUUGAAAAAAAAAAAGUGAAGUUCGGCAUGAAUGUGACUUCUUCGGAAAAAGUUGAUAAAGAAAAAAGAUAUGCAGAUUUCACAAUAAUCUCACUACCGUAUCCUGGUUGUGAAUUUUUCAAAGAAUUUCGAGAAAAUGAUUAUCAAGCAAAAGGUUUAAUUUUCGAUUGGUCACAAACACAUGUUGAUGCUCAAAUUGGAGUUCCUGAAGAUAUAAUAUCCACCCAGCUGAAAAUUAAUUGGGAACAAUAUCAAGUAUGGGAUUUGGUUAAAUUGACACAAAAUUACUUCAAACUUAUACUUAAUUACCUAAGUGAUAGUAGUAAUGGAAUGUUGAUUCAUUGUAUUUCCGGGUGGGAUCGAACUCCUCUAUUUAUCUCGCUGUUAAGAAUAAGUUUGUGGGCAGAUGGAGCAAUCCAUACAUCUUUAAACGCUCACCAAAUUUUAUACUUUACGAUUGCAUAUGACUGGUUGCUAUUUGGUCACGAUUUACAAGAUCGGCUCAAUGAAGAAUUUAGUAUUACUCAUAAAAGUACAAGAGUUCGUCAUUCAGUACAAUGUCAUGAUAGUGAUCCACAGUUGGAUAAUGCAAUGUUUGAUACCGAGUCUGUUGUAACAUUGAGUUCAGUUAGCUCUAAUAUGAGCUUAAAUAGCUGGUGUAGCUCUUUCAGCCAAAAUAGUAGGGAUAGUCAAGAUAAUAAUCCACCUACAGUAUUUCCAUGCUCUUCCACAGACAAUCAAGAUGACAGCCACAGUAAUGGAAAUGUGAUGCCAUGGACAUUUUUCAACUCACAAAAUAAAGAAAGUGAUAAAAAAACCGUUGGUCACGGUUCAUGUUCACCUUUGCUGUCAAAUAGUCGCACUUCUCCAGUAGCUGUUCCUAUUCCUGGACGCUUUCGACAACGCAACGAAUCUUCAUCUUCCGCUGGUUCUUGGCAAAUGAUUUCAGGAACGGGUAGCUUACGAGGGUCAACAACCUCCAAUUGUGCACUACCGGAAUUUCUAUCCGCCUCUACACUAACUUGUAAAUCACAGUGCAUAACUUGUUCUGGUCAAACUUCUCAAGAAUCAAGCGUAACAGUGAUUGAAGAUGAUUCAGCUCUGUCUUCAGCCCAAUCACGUAAAGAUAGACUACACAGCGUUCGGACAUUGUUUUAUAAUAUUUACAGCCAUACAGUUGGAUUUAGAAUGAAAGAAAAUUCGGAAUCUAGUGGAUUCGGCCAAUUAUUGGGGAAUUUUGCUGAAAAAGUAGGUAUAUUAUCGGUGCAACGUACGUCAUUAUGA